CGUCUCACGAAAGAAAAGCGGCAGAGCACUCCAUCGCGACCCUUCAAAGAUAGCGUCAUCGACGCAAUAGCUGGAGGAUUAAGACACCGCACAACGGCGGAGCAUACGGCACUGAAAGGACGGUGGCUGGUCACAUCAUGCCAUAAGAGCGGCAUUAAGCAUGGGGGAGGCGGGUGAUAUGCCCCGUGUCAAGGAUAUCGGACGUGGGCGUGGACGGGGGAAGAAGCACCUUGGUGAUAAGGAGGGGGAAUUACGCAUGCGGCUCGGCUGGAAUGUCAUGGCUGACUGUACCGUAGGUACCUACAACCUAAAGGAGGCAAAGUCUGUUGUUGCACAAACUUCUGGAGACGGAAUUGGUAGGUAGGCGGGGGGCUUUAGUGGCUUGAUGUUAGUUUGUA